UCAUUCGCUGAAGUCUUCAGUCAUUCUUUGUGUCAUUUCUUGUGAAUUGUUUUCAACGCAUCCAUUGUUCGCACGUUUUUUUCUUCAAGAAUGUCUUCGGAAUCGACAGAAACGCUGCCGAACAACAACUCUUCGGCCGACGGCGACCUCAAGACGGCCACCGAAUCGAAAACGGAUCUCAAAAGGACCGCAAAUGAGUUCUCUGAGGAUUCGAAUUCCGUUCUCGAGUCGGCAGAAGACGCGACAAACGCCCAAACGAAGAAGCAGAAGACGCGUGAGAACGGAACCGAAGACGAAUCCAAUGACGCCAAUGAAGCCGAAGCCGGCGGAGACGAUGAGGAAGAAGACGAAGAAGACGACGUCGUUCCAGAGGAUUAUGCCGACGAUGACGACGACGAGGACGACGCGGCCAAUGAUGACGACGACGACGAAGAAGAUGACCAGUAAAUGGUCAGCAAAAGAGGCGUCCGAUUAAUCAUCGAUUGGUUUAAGACUUAACACAAAAAUUAUUUCAUUUGUAUUUCUUAUGACAACAAAAACACAAAACAAAAACGCAUUUCGUAUUUAAAUGUCUCGUAAUUUUGGUUUUCAUUAAAAUCCAUAAAAAGUCCGAAAAAUUAUUUAU